AUGACGGACGCCCGCGCGCGGCGCGCGGUCGCCGCGAUAUGGGCGGCGACGCGCGCCGCCGCCGCGCGGGCGAGGUCCUCGACGUCGGCGUCGUCGUCGUCGUCGUCGUCGUCGUCGUCUGGAUCCGCGGGAGGACGCGUCGGACGCCGCGAACGCCGCGUCGCGGACCCGACGCGCCAGUGGCGUCGCGGGUACGACUCCAGACCCCCUCGCAUCGUCCGCGGCACCCGGCUCGACCCCGCGCCGACGACGAGCGCGCCGUCCGCGUCCUCCUCGAGCGCACCCGCCGCGUCCGCGCCCACCGCGAGGGAGCUCAGAGAGCAAGCCGCGAACGAGAAGCUCGCGACGUCCCUCGGGCUCGAUCCCAAGCUCGUGCCGUGGGAUCCCGACGCGGCGAUCAGAGCGCUCGCGUCGGAGCCCGCGCCGCGAUGGGCGCUGCACAAAGAGUGGGCGCGCGUCGUCCCCGCGGCGCUGCGAACGGCUCCGCGGUCCUAUCCCGACCACAAUCUCAUCGUGCAGACGCAACGCCGCGUCGGCGAUCCCGUCGCGGCGCCCGCCGACGGAAAGGCGGGCGCGACCAGGAGUAACCCCUCCGGAGCGGGCGUUACCAACGAGAAGACAGAAGCACAAAGAGAUCCGCGCGCGCUCGAGGCGUACAAGUGGUUGAACGCGGCGCUCGGCGACGACGGGUACGCCUCCGGCCACGACGUGUACGUGACGUGCCAGGUCAUCGCGCCUCCGCCGCGCGCGCGGUCGCUCGCCGGAGGGUUCCUCACGCGGCGCAGCGGGAAAAACGUCAACGGAUGGAAUCACCUCUACAACGUCAGGUCGCAGGCGAAGCAGCAGAUAUCCAUCACGGACGAGGGCGAGAUUUUGCUCGAUCACGUCGCGAUCAACGCGCUCGUGUGCCGCGAGACGUUCGUCGCCGCCGAAGAGAAUUCGACGCUGUAUCUCACGAUCGCGGGAUCGGAGAACAACUGGGAAGGGCACGCGCUGCACGCGGAGCUCGCGAAGAGGAUCAACGCGAUCGGCGAGCAGCUGCAGAUAAAGGAAGAUAAGUACGAGGAAAACCCGAUCGCGAUGCUGCACCCGUCGCGGAUGAGUCUGACGUGGGCGGGACUCGGCUGGGACGGGAAAGAGUUGAAGUUGAACAAGUGGCGACACCCACACAGCGCCAACGUCGUGUACAUCAUGCCGCCGCCGAGCGUGUCCUCGGUCGCGUCCGCGUCCGCGGCCGCGACGACGCUGCUGAAGCACGAAGAGAAAGUCGUGGAGGACAUCAUCGAGGCGAUGAAGUUCACCAGACGCACCGGGGUGAAGCUUAUCGUCGCCGGGUUGGAGCUGCAGGGGUACCACGCGCGGAGGGCGGUUUCGCGCGCGGCGGCGGCGGCGGCGGAUUCGACUUCGAAUUCGAAUUCGAAUUCGAAUUCGAACAGUUCGAACUCGAACUCGAACAGUUCGACGGAGGCGUUCCCGUCGCCGUUCGCGCUGCGCGAGGACGAGGUCGAGGGGUUGAGCGCGAUCGACGUUCACUGGCGGUUACAGCGGGAGGACGUCGUCGAAGCCGCCGCGGAAGCCGCGAGGAGGAGAUCCGCGUUCGCGCAACACUGCCGUCGCGAGCAGAUUCAGGAGUAUUGGCUCAGGGAUUGGACGCACGAGGGAAAAACGCUGGGCGACGUCAACCACGCCAUCCUCGAGGAGACAAUGUCCCUGCCCGACGCGAAGAGGUGGUUCGAAGGAUUCGCGAAGCCGUACCUGGACUCGAAUUCGAAAAAGAUCACGCACGCCGACGCGCUCGAUAAAUCCAUCGACAACACGUUCUUCUUGCCGUCGUGGUUCUCCGACCGCUCGCGCGAGCACGGCAAGAAUUACGUGCGAAGAAACGCCGUGCCGUGCAUGGAAGCGACGCUGAAGUUUUUAAACGAGGACGGCUACGACGAGCGCGACGCGAUGAAGGACCUCGCCGAGCGCAGAGACGCGACGUACGGGUGGCCCGUCGCGUGCGCGGAGGAACGCCUCUCGCACGCGGAGGAAGGCGACCGGAUCGGCGAGGAGAAAUAUUUGGCCAAGGUGAAGGAGGAAUCGUCGGUGGCGGUCGAUCUUCACGUGCGCGACCCUCCUGAACUGUACCUUGCGUUCAAGCAGUUCCGGGACAAUUACCAGCUCAUCGCGGACCGCAAUCGGUUGGGGAGUAAAGCUUUGAUCAACCAGUUGAUGUUAGACACCGUCGAAGGGAAGAUAGAACGCGUCGAGACCGGCGAUGUACCCGCGGGCGUCACGGAGUUUGCGCCGCUGUUCGACGGCACGAUCGAGCUCAUGGAUCGGGACAUGCGCGCGCUGCGUCACGAACUGACGAGCGAGACGCGUCGGAUGUGGUAUCAGGCGGCUUUAACGGACACCGACCCAAUCAUACGGUUGUCGGAUUCGAUAACGCAAAGAUGCGAGGCGUCGCGGGAGACGUUACGGACGUUGCGAAUAAAGUACGCGGACGCGAUCGAGAAACUUCAAAAGUAUAACGCGGAGACGGAGGUCGGCAUCACGCGAGGGGAGCUCUCCGAGGAAGAGACCGGGACGAUGCUCGAAGAGGCGACGUUCAGCGUCGGCGACUCCGAGGCUGCGUUUAGCGCGUCCGCGUGGAGAGCGCGGUUGAAAAACCUGGAGAAGUUACGAGGAGAGUUGCGAGCGCUCGUCGGCGGCGCGGCGACGGAGCUCGACGACGACGAGAGCGCGCUCGACGACUUCGACGACGAGUUCGAGUUGAACGGCGCGGAGGAGGACGGCGAGAGCGUCUGGCGCGCGUCGGCGCCUUCGAAGCCGUCGAAGCCGUCCCCGAGAUGGGUCCUCGAGCACGGCGGUCGGGCGCGCCCGCGCAUUUCGGUGGAGACGUCCGCGGCCGGCGCGGACAAAGGCGAAGGCGAAGGCGAAGGCGCGUCGUCCUCGUUCGUCGUGGACGACGAAAACGUGUCCUUCGACCUCGCGGGGUACAACGACUUGUUGGGCAAAGACGACAUCGGCGCGCCCGGCCCGGGACCGGGUUUUUUGUUCCAAGGCACGCUGGAGAGUUUCUCGGUGAAGCCGACCGAAGAGACGCGGCCGAGCCCGGGAUCGAGACGACCGAUGACGGAUGAAGACCUCGCGGUGCCUCGCGAGUGGGAGAGGCUCAACGCGGCGUCGAGGGAGGCGUUGCGACGCGCGUCGCGGCUCCGGAAACAAAUCGCCGCCGCCGUCGACCUGAUCGCCGCGACGGAUAAGAUCGACCCGAGCGGCAUUCGCCAGGCGAUCGAGAACGCGAAAGCGCGCGGCGCGCCGCGGACGACGGUGAAAGCCGCGGAAGAUAAGCUCGUCGAGCUCGAGUCGGAGAUCGCGGCGUUCAUUCGCAAGCGACGGUCCGGGGACUCGCUCCUUCCGCCGCCGAAGCGAGGGUGGUCCGGCGCGGGGAAAAGCAUCUGGUACAACACGAAAGUGGAGCUCGGAAGAGGCUCGCUCGGGACCGCGGUGUACGCGGGCGUCUACGACGAGAAAGCCGGGUCGACGUCCGUCGUUCGAAGGCCCGCGGCGAUCAAGAGGAUCCCGCUGCCGCCGGGCGAGCGCGGCGCGACGAUGCGCGCGCUAGUGGAGAGAGAAGUCGCGUUGCAUCGGCAUCUGAACCAAAACAGCAACCGCGUGACGUUCUUAUUCGACGUGCACCUCGACGCCGCCGACGCGGUGUUCACCGCGAUGGAGCGCUGCGGCGAAUCGCUCGCGCAGUGGCUCCGCAACGCCCCGGGCGGGAGAGUCGCGGACCUUCCCGUGAAGGAGCGCAUGGACGCCGCGGAGGCGCUCGCCAACGCCGUCGCCGACGUCCACGCCGCGGGCGUCACCCACAACGACAUCAAACCCGACAACUGCCUUCGCGCCGCGACCGGCGAGUUUAAGCUCGCGGACCUCGGCCUCGGCGUUCGAAUGAAGCAGGCGGACCGAGGCGACGACGACAACCAGUACUCGAUGACGACGUUCGCGGGGUACGGCGUCAACGUCCAGAUGCAAGGCCGACCGCCGGAGGUGCUGCAGGGCGGCGCGCUCACCUCCAAGGUGGACGUGUGGUCGCUAGGGCAGCUCAUCUACACGACGUUGACCGGGUCGACGUCGCCGUACCGGGACCCGAAGGAUAAGAACACCGCGGGGAUCGAGGGUCUGUACGAGAACCAGAGGAUAAUCAACGGGAAGUUUGACCUCGUCGCGCUGCAGACGGCGAAGCUGCCGCGUCGCGUCGCCGCCGCCGCGCGCGUGAUUGUGUCGGAGAUGCUGCAACCAGACCCGACCGACCGACCGACCGCGCGGGACGUCGCGGACGGGCCGAUGUUCUGGUCCCCGGAGCGAUGCGUUCAGGCGAUCCGCGACGUGUACGACGCGCGGAUAAUGCAGACGCAGUAUCCGCGAGAGGUGGACGAGGUGGAGCUCAUGACGGAGGCUUUGGGGGGGGUUAAGAAAAACCGGAAAGCCGGGCUCGCCGCGGGCAGACGUCUGCUGGGGUGGAAACAAUUCAUCGUCCCGGAGCUCCUGAACAAGAUGAAGAAGAGGAGCAGGCAGGAGUUCUACGCGACCGGGAAAGUCGCCAAGGGGUUUAAGACGAAGGGUGAGCUCGCGGCGGAGGCGAAGGCGGAGGCGAAGGCGGAGGCGGCGGCGAUCGCGAAGGGCCGCAAAGCUCGGAAAAACGCGGGGAGCGACGACGACGGCGGCGGCGACGGCACCGGGUUCGACGACUCCGUGCGCGACCUCAUUCGGUUCGUGCGCAACCUCCACGAGCAUCCGCCGUUCGAGACGGAGCGAUACGCGAUGAUCAAAGCGCUCGGCGCGGAAGGGACGCACCUCUCCACGCUCAAGGUUGGGUUGGGAAUCACGGCGGAGGGCGGGGACCAGUGGACGCAAGCCAGGCGCGUCGUCGAGGCGUACUUCACGCACGUGUUUCCGGAGCUGCCGCUGCUCGCGCAUCACGCGUUGAAGAGGGGGAAGGAGAAGAUGAAGGAGAAGGUGGCGCGCCAGGCGCGGAUCAAAGAACGCGCGCAAGACCGCUUCCGAGGAUGA